CUGAGAUGAUCGUGAUUAUUUUUUAUUUUCGUAUCAACUACAUCACUAGCAGGGCACUGCGGCGGGGAGCUGGUGGCCAUGGGAUAAAAAUGCUUAGAAUGGAGUGGUUUAGUUUCCCAUUUCCUGUUAUGCAUUUCCUGAUGUAGGACCGAGAAGCUCGCCGUUUAUUUUAAAUAACUAAACGUUCAUCUUUACGGAGCGGGCGGCGAACUCUCCGUUUUAUUUUUUUUCUCGCACAGUAUUAAUACGCGAGUUGGGUUAAUAUAUUUGACGGAACACUAGGGGAAUUAUUCAGAAGACUUAGAAACGGAUAACUUAAAACGCUACAUUGAAACGGGAGUCUGGCUAAAGUCUAAUUUGCUCGAUGGAUACAGCUCUGUUUAGAAAACGACUAGCUAGUUAGCUUGACUGGCUAACUGGCAUCUAACGGUCGGCCGUUGUUGCUUGGCAGCCGUCUCGCGAGGGCGUAGCGGCGCCGGCUCCGCGUCCUCUGCUAGAUCUGUGAGAGUAGCUCCGCUAACUGGCUAACGGCAGCUAUCUUCACCCCCUCCUUCGUUUCGUGAGGCGCCGCCGAUGGAGGCGUUUGACUUAAACGUUUAAUUUGCUAGUCUGCUGAAGGCUAAAGGUAAACGCAUCCCCGCACAGGUAGCCAAUGCUGUUCUGACAGCCGUGGUUUCGAAUAGCUGACUGGACUGUAAUUUGGUGAAUGCGGUAACCUCCGGCAGUUAAACGUGUAGCAUUAUACCCUGAAUCACGGAUUUGCAUCUUUAAAUUCGGUUCCUGGCUAACAGAUAGGUGGUCACGGUACUGCACGACAUAGCGGUAACCGGUUAGCCGCGGGAGUCUUUAUUUUGAACACUAGCCGGCCAGUGUAACCUUGAACGCUUCACUUUGACGAAUAGCUGUAUUUGGGUGUAUGGGACCAAGUUUGCAGGCUAGCCAGUUAGCUGUUUGAUUAUUGGGACGGGUAGCGGAUAGUCUGGAAUUACACUUCAUAUUUAUCGGGAUCAUUUCAUUGUGACAGCACUAUAGCAUGCUAGAUAGUUAGCCGACCGUCUACGUAACCAGAUCAUUGCUGGAGUUUGGGCACUUGGAGCAGUUCAGUUAGGCUAAAGCUGAGGGCCAGACCAGCUCCCUGGAAUUAAUCUCUAUUUCCUUGUUAAUCGAAGAUUUGCCACACACCGCCAUCACCUCCAUCGGGUCGGAACAAUGAAGAAGUUCUUCGAUUCUCGCCGGGAGCUGGUGAGCUCUGGACCUGGCUCAGGGGGUGGCGGCGGAGGCGGAGGAUCCAGCGGCGCCGGCGCCAGCUUCAUCGGACGCGCGUUCACGAUCGGCCGCUAUCAAGUCACCGUGGAUGAAACGCUGGCCGAAGGGGGUUUCGCCAUCGUGUUCCUGGUGCGCACUCACCAGGGUGUUCGCUGUGCCCUCAAGAGGAUGUACGUCAACAAUGAGCAUGACCUGCGUGUGUGUCAGCGUGAAAUCCAGAUCAUGCGGGACCUGGCUGGUCACAAGAACAUCGUGGGCUUCCUGGACUCCUGCAUCACAGCAGUGGGAGCCGGAGAUGUAUGGGAGGUCCUCAUCCUCAUGGACUUCUGUCGUGGGGGCCAGGUAGUAAACUUGAUGAACCAGCGGCUUCAGACAGGCUUCACGGAAGCCGAAGUGCUGCAGAUCUUCUGUGACACGUGCGAGGCUGUGGCCCAGCUGCACCACUGCAAGACACCCAUCAUCCACCGAGAUCUCAAGGUAGAGAACAUCCUACUCCAUGACAUGGGACACUAUGUGCUGUGUGACUUUGGCAGUGCCACCGACAGGUUCCAGAACCCUCAGAGUGAGGGCGUGACCUCAGUUGAGGAAGAAAUCAAGAAGUACACGACUCUAUCUUACCGUGCCCCUGAAAUGGUUAACCUCUACAGUGGCAAAGUCAUCACAACCAAGGCAGAUAUUUGGGCUAUGGGCUGCCUCCUGUACAAGCUGUGCUUCUUCACCCUGCCCUUCGGAGAGAGCCAGGUGGCCAUCUCAGACGGCAGCUUCACCAUCCCAGACAACUCCCGCUACUCACAGGACCUGCACUGCCUCAUCCGGUACAUGUUGGAGCCAGAUCCGGAGAUGAGGCCGGAUGUUUAUCAGGUAUCCUACUUUGCUUUCCGCCUGGCCCAGAGGGAAUGUCCUGUCCAGAACAUCCAGAAUUCUCCUAUUCCGGUGAAACUUCCAGAGCCUAUCAGAGCCAGUGAGGCCUCAUCCAAGAAGAGCCAGAGCAAGGCCAGACUGACAGAUCCCAUUCCCACCACUGAGACCUCAAUCACCCCCCGGCAGCGCCCCAAAGCUGGUCAACCCCAACCUGGCACAGGAAUCCUGCCCAUUCAGGCUGCCCUAACACCCCGCAAAAGGCCUACUGCCACACCUGGACCGAUUGGUGUGAGUUUAAGCCCCGCCCAAUCUGCAACUAAUGUCCAAUCGCAAAAGGUGCAAAUCCAGAUCACACCAACUCAACCCAAGGCCACACCCACCACCCCCAGAGCUGCUCCACAGCCCCAGGCGGCAGCUUUCUUCACCCCUUCUCAGCCCGUUCAACAGCAGCCGCAGCAGCCUCAGCCCAUCCAGGGAGCUGCGCAAACACGAGUGGAACCUCAACAGACGGUCAGCGCAGCCACAGCUGCUCCACAGAAACAGCCACAGCCCAGCCAGGCUCCGCCUAAAGCCCCACCCCGAGGCUCCCGUCAGAAGCAGGCGGCCCCUGCCACCCAGCCCACUGUGGCCCCAGCGGCCCCUCCACCUGCACCUGCACCAGCACCAGCACCUGUUCCAGCACCUGUUCCAGCACCUGCUUCGCCACCUGUGUCAGAUCCCACAUCUGAACCUGUGUCUGCGCCAGAGCAGAUGGCUAACCCCAAGCCGGGCUCACUGACCCCGCCGUCGUCCCCCAAGCCCGCGUUGCGUGGCGGCCAUCGGCGCAUCCUGAGCGAUGUCACGCACAGUGCCGCUUUCGGGGUGCCCAUCAGCCAGUCCACCCAGCUGCUGCAGGCGGCUGCAGCGGAAGCCAGUCUCAGCAAGUCCAAGUCAGCAAGCACCACACCUUCCAGCUCCCCACAUUCCUCCCAGCAGAGCGUGUAUCAGCCCACGGAGCCCAGCGCCCCGCCCACUACCCCUGCUUCCGCUCCCACUCCCGCCACCGACAGCCCCCCAGGGCCGUCCACCUGGAACCCCUUUGGCGACGACAACUUCUCCAAACUCACUGCUGAGGAGUUGCUGAACAAGGACUUUGCUAAGCUGUCGGAUGGUAAACCAACUGAGGGAUCCAGUGUCUCCACAGAGAACCUGACCCCAGCUCUGCAGCCUGCUGCAUCGGCUCUGCUGUCCUGCUCCCCUCUGACCACAGCUGAGCGGCCGGUGGACUCUGUGAGCGCGAAUGUGGAUCAGAGUGCAGGAUUGCUGAAUUUGCCGGGAAUGUUUGCUCCACUCGCAUUGAACGAUGUCUCAGAGAAGUUGAUUGAAGGACUAAAAUCCCCCGAGCCGACACUCCUGCUCCCUGACCUUUCGCCCCUGGUCGACCCCUUUGGCAGGGCCGUGGACAGCUCCGCUAACGUAGGUGUUGCAGAGGUAUGUGAGGUCUCCCUGAUUCCUGGCCUAGAAGCCCCCCAGACCCAGCUCCUCGCUACCAAUCAGGACCCCCCUUCCAGGCUGCCAGACCCCCUGACUGGGGAGGACUCCCUGCUUGGCUGCUCUCUCCUCUCCCACCUACCUGCCUCAGGGUGCCUCACUGCGUCUGCACCGCCCGCCUCCAUUGCCCCUACUUCCUGCUUGGAUGAGUUCAGCUCCUCCCAGGCCUUGCUUCCCACGGACUCCCCUUACCUCAUCUCUGGCUUUGAGCCCCCUGAAAGUGCAGAGAAGGGCACUGAGGACGAGUUUGACCCCAUUCCUGUGCUCGUGCCCAAAAACUCCAGCCAAGGAGCUCAGUCCCGCAGUAACAGCAGUAACAGCAGUAACAGUGGAGGCUCUGAGUCCAGCCUCCCCAGCCUUGCACGCUCGCUCUUGUUGGUGGACCAGCUCAUCGACCUGUAGAGGCAGGGGGCGGGGAAGGGGGGAUUGGGAAUAAUCAGAUAGUUAUGGUGAUGGUGGUACUGCUUGUACAUCAUUUUUGCUUUGGUUUGACCACCCCCAUUUCUAUUUUAUCAUCUCGCUUUCUGUCUUUCCACGUCAUCACCAUGUCUGUCUUGCUACGUCCAUCUCCCACCAUUGCUGGCUUCAAAACUGAAGGCAGUACGAGGUGUAUUGGUUGAACUGGUUCUCCCCACUGUUUAGUAGGGAUUGGUCCUGCAGCAAGUCUCUAUCUCUCUCUCUCUCUCUGACAUAUAUAUAUAUAUAAUUUCAUACUGCACCAUAGACACCUUUGUGGUCUCAUAGGAUCUUUGCCUUUUCCCCCCUGCAUCAGUGGCUUUCAUUUAAACACCUGCUGACGGUUCCAGUGGACAGAGUUGGAUUUGAUUUGGUUUGUUCUGUGAUUGGUUUGUUCUAUAGACCUCCCCAAGAGGCAGGGACUGUGGCAGUAUUGCUCCAGCACAUCUCCGCUUAUAUUUCUGUAUUUUCUGUUUGCUUUGUUUUCAAGGGGUCAAGUGGCAGAUCCUCCUGUUGUGUAUUGCACUCUUACUGACUGCAGUACUUUUCGGUUUGGUGGUAAUAGGGGCUCCUUUAGGUAGCUAGUGCCACACAAAUAUAAUCCUUGCAGGUUUAAAUCCAUGUAAGUCUAGUGCUUGACUAAUACUACACAACCCACAUUUCCUCUCUCCCCUAUUCCUUUAACACCCAUAAUCUUCAAGCCUGGCUUUACUAUGCUACACCUGUUUGCUUUUUCAAAGAUUGUACUCUUUGUGCUUCAGUACUUGUUUUGUAUUUUAACACUGUACUUUCAUACUAACACAUCUGUAAAUGGAAAAUUUUUCUCUCUGAUUUUGCUUUUUAUCAGUUUUUAGUCGCAUUGGCUUUUUGCCAGUUUUGUAUUGUUGCAACAACUCUAAUCCUAACUCUACUUAGUUGAACAAGUACCCGUUUUUCCCCGAUGUUUAAGAUUUGUGUUUGUGUAGCCUUUCUCUGCCACAUACAGGAGAUUCCUAAUGUUAGAUUGUAGCUAAUCAGAGGGAAUAAAGACACAUUAAGAGACAGACAGGCGAGAGCCUUUGCUUUUAGAAAGUGGCCAAAGCAUUUCAGAUUAACGAGACUGUUUGAAAUUAUGGCCACAAAAUAUUGACUUGCACAACAGGCACUGUCGAGUGUGGCCUAAUGACGCUCCAGUGAAAAUAGGACCUUUUGAAAAGCUUGACAAGACAGUGGUGGUGUCAGUUGGUUGUUUUGAAGCUAAGGGCACAGGUACAGCAUGAAGCAGACAUAUCCGCUUAGAUACAGGGAGGUGCCGGGUUCAGUUCCAUGCGUGCUGCAUGUGAGUGUACAUAUCGCCAUCUCCCUCUCUAGCUGCCAUUUUUUCACUUUCGCUCGCCUCGCUGCGUGAAUCUGCAAGUGUAUAUACAUACACAUGCACACACGCACUUUGUAUAUACGUGUACAUAUAUAUAUACAUAUACAGCACACCUUUUGCCCUGGUUGUUUGUUCUCCCCAUUGGAAUCUGCAGUGUGACAGAGCAGCCUAUCUCUGUACACAUAUCCUGUAUUAUACCUCUUUGUUAAACCUCUGUACUGGACCCUCCUCCUGUCACCUCUUCAUAUCAAUAGUGUAAGUACAUAGUGAAAAAACUGUAAAAGCUUAAGAAUAAAUGUGAAUAUUGAUAGAGUGCUAUAGAAUGAAUGUAUGAAGUGAGUAUUGAUAUAUAAAUAUAUAUUAUUAUGGUCAUGAUUAUAGUUUUAAGGAGAACUGUUUAUCAUAUCUCUGUGUCUUUAUGGAGCUGUAUUUAAGAGCCUGAACAAUGUCCCUCUCUGCCAUCUCUUUUGUUCCAUGUGUCUUUUUCCAGUUUUCCAUCUUAUUAUCAGUUGCUGUGCAAAAUUGCAAAGACAGUUUGCUGGUUUCAAUUGCUCCUCCUCUCCACGUCUUGGUCUUAUUAGCGCUGAUUUGUCAGGGUAGACUUUGAAUCCCACCUUGUUUCAGGGCCCUUCCUAUCCAGCUUGGCUCCCAUUAGUGAAUUUCACAGGAGCCGGUUCUCAGUCAAAAGGACGCUACAAAAUAAAUGCUGCAUGUUUCCUAUGCCAAACUGAAUCCCUCCUUCCACCCCCUUGUUGGGACAUUAAAGUAAUUAAGGAUGAUGUAAAAAUCUCUCCUUUUCACUUAAAUCCACAUAUUGAGCCAAGACAUUACUUUUAAGCCCUUUGAUUUAUGAAAUAAAGGCACAAUCUUGCACACAUGCAGCAAACAUUUGCUGUUAACAGGCAUCCAUGUUGACCUAUGCAAAGCCCCAUGCUAAAUAUCCUGCACUACCGUAAUGAUUAGGGUUCGGCUUUUCUUUGGUUUUAAAAAUCGAUAUAUAUAUACACAUUUACAAAUACAUAUAUACAUCUAAAUGUUUCAGGGGGCAAAUGUCCUUUUCCUGAAGGUCUCAGAGCUAGUUGGAAAUAACAUGUUCCUGUGCUUGAGUAAUGAUGUAUAAUUCAAUGUCUACCUUCUAUAUUUCUUAUGACGUCACAGGGUUAUGGAAUAAAAUGUUAACAUAUCAA